GGCGCGCGCGCGGGCGCGGGCGCGUCGGGGCGCCCUCGGAGCUUCAGUACCGCCGCGCGUCUCCUCGGACAUGUCCGCACGAUGGAGUACCAAUGCGUGGUCGUGUACACCGUCAUCGACAUCGCGCCGCCGCGGCUCGCGCGCUCUGCUCACGUCCCCGGCGGCUGCGUCGACUGGAUUCAAAAUAAAAUCAAAAGAGCGGUAGCAGUGUAUCUGCAAUCAGUGAAGCCGCCGCCGAGCAGCGGGCGCGGGCUCGCGCGCGGGAACUUGGCAUGCCUCUACUACAAGCAAGGACUCAUCGACCUCGCCAUUGACACGUACAGACAAGCUAUCGAACUCCAGCCCAAUUUCCCGGACGCGUUCUGUAAUCUCGCCAACGCUCUCAAAGAAACAGGCCACGCGACUGAAGCUGAGGAAUGCUACAACAAGGCUCUGCACUUGUGCCCGGCUCAUGUCGAUACGCUCAAUAAUCUUGGCAAUGUCAAAAGGGAACAAGGGAAAAUUGAGGAGGCCACUCGAUUGUAUUUGAAAGCUUUGGAGGCGUUUCCCAACUUCGCUGCGACGCAUAGCAAUUUGGCGUCGCUUUUGCAACAGCAGGGUAAACUUGAAGAAGCUUUGUUCCACUACAGGCAAGCCAUUAAUAUACAACCGAAAUUCGCCGACGCGUACAGUAACAUGGGAAACACUCUGAGAGAGAUGCAAGACACGAGUGGAGCUCUCUUAUGUUUCAAAAAGGCUAUAGAGUUAAACCCUCUAUUCGCAGAUGCUCACUGUAAUCUAGCUAGUAUUUACAAAGAUCUCGGUAAUAUAUGUGAUGCUAUUCAAUCCUACAAAACGGCAUUGCAUAUAAAACCAGAUUUCCCUGAUGCCUAUUGCAAUUUAGCACAUUGUUUACAAAUAGUAUGUAACUGGGAUAACUAUGAGGACCGAAUGUACAACAUCAUUUCAAUAGUUGAAGAGCAGUUAUCGAGUAGUGAUAAGUUGUGUUCUGUACAUCCCCAUCAUUCCAUCCUGUAUCCGUUGUCGAACAGAGCAAGAAGAGAGAUCGCUGCACGGCAUGCUCAUCUGUACCUACAAAAGGCUAUCAUGUGCAGUCAAACCAAAUUUACUCAUUCAAAUAAGCUAAAAGGACGUUUGCGUAUUGGCUACGUUAGCAGUGACUUUGGUAACCAUCCAACUUCUCAUCUAAUGCAGUCAAUUCCAGGAAUGCAUGGUCGGGAAAAUGUAGAAGUUUUCUGUUAUUCUCUAAAUCCAGAUGAUGGAACCACAUUCCGUAGUAAAAUAGUAGAGGAAUCAGAACAUUUUGUUGAUUUAUCUCAUGUAAAGUGUAACGUUAAAGCUGCCAAAAUAAUAAAUAGUGAUAAUAUUAAUAUAUUGAUUAACAUGAAUGGGUAUACAAAGGGUGCGAGAAAUGAAAUAUUCGCUAUGAAACCUGCGCCGAUACAAGUCAUGUGGCUUGGCUAUCCAGCUACAAGUGGCGCUGAAUAUAUUGAUUAUUUCAUUACCGAUGAGAUUUCAAGUCCGAAAUCGACAUCAGAGAAUUUCAGUGAAAAGUUUGCCUUCAUGCCACAUACUUACUUCAUUGGGGAUCAUAAACAAAUGUUCCCACAUUUGGAACAGCGAUAUAAUGUAAAAGACGAAAAAAACCUCAGUGAAAAUAUAGCUGUAGUCAAUGCAGCAAAAGAUAUUGAUAUGAAUGCUCUUUUUGGGGUGAAAUAUUAUAAUCAUGUUAUAUCUUUUGAAAACUUGGAACCAAUUAAUGUAGUUGUAAGCGAAAUAGACAUUCCUAGAUAUGUUUUUGAGGCGACAAUAAAAUAUGAGCAGAAACAGGUAUAUAUAAAUAAUGUAUUAGUCGAUAGUGGCGUGUGUAUAAAUCAUCGAAACAAAAAGAUAUCUUCAGGGGAAGAAGUGUACGAUAAUAUUAUAUUUAGUUCAAGAAGGCAGUAUGGUCUCCCAGAAGAUGCUAUAGUUUUUUGUAAUUUUAACCAAUUAUACAAAAUGGAUCCGGUAAUGAUGGCGGUAUGGGUAAAUAUUUUGAAAAAAGUGCCAAAUAGUGUUCUUUGGCUCUUAACUUUUCCAAGUGCGGGAAAACCAAAUCUACAAAAAUAUAUUCAUAAUUUAGGUCUAUCCGAUAGUCGAAUUAUAUUUUCAAGAAUUGCUUGCAAAGAAGAACAUGUUCGGAGAGGUCAACUUGCUGAUAUUUGCUUGGAUACACCUCUGUGUAAUGGGCACACGACUACUAUGGACAUUUUGUGGACUGGUACACCCGUAGUCACUCUACCUGGGGAAACGCUAGCCUCAAGGGUCGCUGCAUCGCAACUCCGAACACUAAACUGUCCUGAACUCAUAGCAAAAAGUGUGAAGGAGUAUGAAGAAAUUGCGGUGAAAUUGGGAACUGACUGCCAAUAUCGGAAAUAUAUUCGAGCCAAAGUGUCCAGAGCCCGAUUGACCAGCACUCUAUUCGACUGUCAUUUCUACGCCAACGAGUUGGACAAGCUUUACGCCAAAAUGUGGGACCUCUAUGCAGAUGGAAGAGCCCCCGAUCAUAUACAGGCUUUAUAAUGAACACUUUGCUGAAUUUCUAUCGAUUUAGAGGUAAUGAAAGGUUUUAGCAAAACAAGAGAAUUGAUCUAAUUUCUCCGUCCAGAGAAAUGCCCAAUGGAAUUAUACGAGCGUCCUGUCAACUAAACUGUCAUUGUUGUAUUUAUGAUGUUAUAUGAGAAAUAAAAGUUGUUUGUCUAGUUAUUUAA